CACCGAUAGUCAGCUCAGUCCAUUUAUCAAGCUCUUAUCCUUUCUUUCCGUUCUCCAGUCUCCAUUCCUCGUGGUCCGUUCCACAAUCUUUCGUCUUCACAUACCACCCACCUUGUCGCCUUUAAUUUCCCAAUAAAACACAUCUCCAUUCCAAAUCACCUUUAGACGUCCAGCCAUCAUGCAAACAAUCAAGUGCGUAGUCGUUGGAGAUGGUGCUGUUGGAAAGACUUGUCUGUUGAUUUCGUAUACCACCAACAAGUUCCCCAGUGAAUACGUCCCCACCGUUUUUGAUAAUUAUGCAGUCACCGUUAUGAUUGGCGAGGAUCCCUACACGUUAGGACUCUUUGAUACUGCCGGUCAGGAGGAUUAUGACCGUCUCCGUCCAUUAUCUUACCCACAGACCGAUGUGUUUUUGGUUUGCUUCAGCGUUACUUCACCGGCAUCCUUUGAGAACGUCAAGGAGAAGUGGUUCCCAGAAGUCCACCAUCACUGUCCGGGAGUGCCAUGCCUUAUCGUUGGGACACAAGUAGAUUUGAGGGAUGAUUCUCAAGUGAUGGAGAAGCUGGCGAGGCAGAAGCAGAGACCCGUGACCAGUGAGGCUGGUGAGCGACUUGCGAGGGAGUUGGGAGCGGUCAAGUAUGUGGAGUGUUCAGCGUUAACGCAAAAGGGCUUAAAGAAUGUGUUCGAUGAGGCUAUUGUCGCCGCACUUGAACCUCCUGUCGUGAAAAACAAGAAAAACAAGUGUGUUAUUCUUUAAGACAGCCCUUUUGACGACUAGGACAAUCCAACCUCCUACAUUAUGUUUUGCUCCCUUCAUGUCACGCCACGACCUGGUUAUAUAUCCGCCGCCAUUGCCUUAUUUUUUUUCUGCCUUGUUUGAUUCAUAUCUGCUCUUAUUAGUUAGUUAACCCAGACAUAUUCUUUUUCUCGGU